AUGUGGAAGCCACCCAUCAAUUUCAUUACGCUGCACUAUGCGUACAUUCUCAGUUUUGGGAUUCUGGCUUUGAUCAUCAUAUAUCCUUAUGGCAACCUUUCGGUUAUAGAUGCGUAUUACUUUGGUGUCAGCGCGUCGACUGAAUCUGGUUUGAACCCUGUUGAUCUCAAGGCUCUCAAGACGUAUCAACAGAUUUUCGUUUACAUCACACCUAUUGUUACAAAUCUGGGCUUCAUCAAUGUUCUUGUCGUUGUUGUGCGACUACGUUGGUUCAGUCAGAAGCUGAAGGGGAUUACAGCGGCACACACGAGGCCAAGGAGCUCCCGCCAGUCUGUCAACCAGGGCCAGACAACCACCCAUACUUCCGAUACACGAGAACUUGAGGCAGGCCUCACUGGCGAGACUGUCUCUGAGAAGAAGCCCGUUCCCACUAUAGAGACUUCAAACAGUGAAGCUCCCGCUGCUCGCAUCACGUUUGCGCCAGAUCCUAGGCACACCAAUAAUGAGAAGGGCGCUUUAUAUAUCCCUGGCCCGCGAGAAUGUGAGAAUGGCCAACCCAUUACUUCGGUGUCCGAUGAUGAGGAUGAAGACCGUAUCAAACCCGUCGCGGAGUCAAGCUAUACACGACGACGCAACAGGUCAGAGACUAGAAGCAUGAACACUAGAACCCUGAGCAAGGCUACCUCCGUGGACCGCGCUGUGUCAUCUAUAUUCGUGCUCGGAAGUACCGCAAGCGCUCAUCGUCGUAGUGAAGAUAAGCCGAGAAGGGAACCUACCAUUGAUUUGGCUUCCAUGAGCCGAGAAGAGCUGGGUGGUAUUGAGUACCGUGCGUUACAAGUUUUGCUCAAGGUCGCGAUUGGAUACUUCGUCGGCCUACAUACACUGGGGGUCGUUUGUUUACUCCCAUGGAUUCAUACUGCACCUGCGAAGUAUCAAGACUACCUUGCCUCACAAGGCCAAGAUAAGACCUGGUGGGCGUUCUAUUCCGCGCAAACCAUGGUCGACAACCUCGGUCUGACGCUCACGCCCGACAGUAUGAUAACUUUCCGAGACGCAACCUGGCCCAUGCUAGUAAUGUCCUUCCUCGCCUUCGCUGGUAACACCUUCUAUCCCGUCUUUCUCCGCCUCCUCAUCUGGAUCAUCUACAAAGUCGCUCCCGUCACCUCCUCCCUCAAAGAGUCCCUCCAGUUCCUGCUCGACCAUCCACGAAGAUGCUACACACUGCUGUUCCCCAGCACCGCAACCUGGAUCCUUGCCUCUAUCCUCUUCGCCCUAAACUUCAUCGACACCCUUCUCAUCAUUGUCCUCGAUCUCGACAACCCAGAAGUGAACGUAUUACCUGUUGGCGCUCGUAUCCUCGCCGCUCUCUUCCAAUCUGCAUCGUCUCGCCACACGGGUACGUCGACGUUCAACCUCGCAGCUGUGAACCCAGCGGUGCAGUUCAGUCUCCUCGUUAUGAUGUACAUUUCCAUCUACCCGAUUGCAAUCAGUAUCCGCAUGAGCGAGAGCUACGAGGAGAAAUCUGUGGGUAUCUAUGGUGUAGACGAGAAUUUGGAUGAGCAGAAGGGAAGCAAAACAUAUCUGAUUAGUCAUCUGAGGAACCAGCUGAGUUUCGAUCUGUGGUAUAUUUUCUUGGGUGUAUUUUGUAUUUGUAUUGCGGAGAGUGAUCGGAUCAUGAGUCGGGAGGAUUGGGCUUUCUCCGUUUUCGCUAUCUUCUUCGAAGUCGUCUCUGCUUACGGCAAUGUUGGUUUGUCGCUCGGUCACCCUUCCAAUCUCACGUCACUAUCCGGUCACUUCAGUACCUUUGGCAAACUAGUCAUCUGCGCCAUGAUGCUGCGUGGUAGGCACAGGGGCCUGCCUUAUGCGCUUGAUCGGGCGAUCAAUUUGCCUCACGAUCUUAUUACCGAUGAUAGUGAGGGCGAGAAGUACAAAGAUGAGGAUGCGGCGACAUCGCAGGGCGUGGAUGAGAGUCGAGGGAGAAAGAUGAUUAAGAGCUUUACACAGUAA